UGAGGAUGCGUUGCCAAGCCUUCAAAAGGAUGAAAGAGAGGCCGACCCACUUUGCUCUCACUCCCCCUUCACUCGUCCACAUCAAUCCCCGCCUCCGCCUCUUCUCUUCAUCUCCGCGGCUUGCAACUUACCGCCUCAGUUGCCGCUCGUACCCGCCGGCUACGACACGCCACCACCACCACCGCCUUUUCCUCCUUCUUGUUCCCCGUCACCCUCACCUCUGCAGCUCACCAUCAUGAGUGCAACCCCUCGCUACUACCAUGCCGACGAGCAAGGCAGCUCGGGCGAGCUCAAGGACUCGUCCAAUGACAACCACGCCGCCGGCCACUUCCAGCGACCUCACCGCGAAAAUCAUGAGCUCGAAUUGGGUGUCACUGAGAUCGCAGAAGGCCGUACCGAUGUUCAGCGUAACGUAGCUAUCUCUGGAGGGCUUGCCAACAGCGAAUUCAGGGCUAAGUGGCAAACCUACAGGCCUGAGUGGCUAGGCGCCUUUGUCGGCGAAUUUUUCGGAGUCUUCUCUUUCACCCUCUUCGGAACCAUGUCGACCGUAGUCUACUUCCUCGGCGAGGCCACCGAGAUGUCAUUGGCCUCCUUCUUCCAGAUCGGUCUCGCCUACGCGUUGGGCAUCACCUUUGCCAUCGUCGUAGGCGCCAUGUCCUCUGGUGGCCACUUCCACCCAGCAAUCACUCUUUGCCAGGUCGUAUUCAAGGGAUUUCCCGCAAAGAAGGCGCCAUUCUACAUUUUCGCCCAGCUGCUCGGAGGCUUCGUUGGAGCGCUCUGCACGUAUGCUUGUAACAAAUCUCCCUUGGACGCCAUUGAAGCCAGAAUGCGCGCUGGCGGACUCACGGCUCAGAUCUUCUCCUCCUCUGGCCCCGCCGGCACCAUCGCCCUGUUCCCUCCUGCGGGACGCACGUACGGUGAGAUAUUCUUCAACGAGUUCCUUGCUGCCCUCGUUAUCGGUCUGGUCAUCUGGGCUUGCUUGGACAGUCAAAACAUCUUUGUCAGCCCGACGAUUGUGCCCUUUACCAUCGGUUUAGUCUACGCAGCGGUCAUCUGGGGCUUCAUCACCGGCGGCCUCGCCCUCAACACGGCCCGCGACCUGGGAGCGCGUUUCGCGUGCGGCGCGAUCUAUGGCAGCGAAUGCUUCCCUGCCAAGUACACGGCUCUAGCUGCUCUGACCAACAUUCUGAGCACCUUCAUUGCUGUCUUCAUUUACACCUUCAUCUUGGCAGACAGCCGUCGCCCUCCGGCCCACGUAGCCCUCUCCCACCUUGCUAGCGAGGAGGAGAAGGCCGUGCUGCACGCCACGCGUACCCACGAGGAGCUCAUGGAGAAGAGGGGUACUGAUGGUGGCAGUGGACUCAUGAGGAGGAUCACUACGGGCAGGAGCACCCGCUAGAGGGCAAGGGGUGAAAUUGAAGAGGCUGGUACUAGCUGUUUCACAGCGCUCUCUCCCUCUUUACCACGUCGCACUCGACGUCGCGCUCGUCAAUCCAGUCUUUCGCCCCUCGGGAAAGGCGAGGCGAAUCAUGCAUACUGCCCACUCUCCUUGUCACGGCUAUGAAUCCAAUCAUUUGACCCUAC